GUAUCACAACCUUCAAGAUUGACUGUUUCCGGUGUCUUUUCAAGUCUCGAUCCGUCCUCUCAACAAGUAUGGCCGUAGAUGUCGAUGCCAGGGUGAACGCAAAUAAGGCCGAGGAGGUUAUUUCAGAUGUCUCCAUGCCUUCGUGGUUUAUGGAAAAUUGUGUCAAAACUGCAUUUGAAUUGAGCCAAGAAGCGCGUCGAAUUGUCAUCCUUCCGCCAAAUCCGCCAAAUCAUACCGAAAAAGUCCAAGAUACGACAUUAAAUGGCCAGGAAUCUCAGGAAGAAAGAUAUGAAUUGGAUUCUUUCUUGUACGAUGAGCUUCUUAAUCUGGUCAUGCCAAAAGACAAAGCCAUCUUGCCAAAACAACAGGCUGAGGGUCUCGGAGCGACCUUUACUUCAGAAAAAACCCCCAAGUUUGCGCUCGAUGCUGUUCAGCUUCUUCUCCCGGGUGGAUUUCAUGCAUUUCUCGGUCAAGAAUUCUUGUCAGAGGUGGCAAAGAAAUUUGCUAGUGAUGUGCAAGCGGACUUGAUUGAAUUGAAUAUCGACGACUUCAGAGAUUUGGCAGAGCAUUUUGGAAACGGAGAGGAUUCAGAACAGCGAGAUGACCAAAGAAGGGGUGACGAUCACUAUCUCAAUCUACUCUAUGAUCAGUGCAUGUGUGUGGAGCUUUGCUGCCCGGCCUCUUCUGUCUGUACUACAUCACGCUCGUCGUCUCCUGUUACAAGGAGUGCAUCUAGUGAGAGUGCAUCUGAUAGCAGUGAAUCUAGCGUUGGAACGACAAACUCGCAGGAAUAUGAAUUUUUGUGCAGGAGAGGAUCAAGAAGGUCUCGUAAAAAGCUCUUCUCCUUCCUUCAGUACCUUGGUCUUUUGACUUUUGCCACGAUACUUGUGUUGAUGGUGAUUGCUGUUUUGGCCGGGAGCAUCAUUUUCCGUCACAAAUUGAUGUCAAAGAUGUCGUCAAGGAUCUACAACAACAUGGACUCAACUUUAUCUCAAGACGAAGAGGAAUUACUGUCUGUUGACGAACAGUUGGAAAACGUUGACUCGGUAACAAAACAUGGAAUGCAGAAGAUUCAUCAAACUGGAGUUUCUAUCGACAAACCAGAGGAGAUGGAAAUUGCCGAUAGGCGGAGGUUUCAGUAUACUACCCUCUUCAGGAAUGUUAUUGAGUCUCAUUUGAUGAAAAAGACACUGGAGAAACACGAAGAGAACAAUAAAGUAGGAUCACCAGCCCUGGUAGUUCUUGUUUCGGGUGUUGGCAGGUUUUGCAAUUACCAAAAGUAUCUUCAGGUAUUCAAACAUCUACAGGCCGCUAUCAGGACUUUGUCAAAAGAAAACACGAUUGUUAUGAUGUUAGGAGGAGACGACGAGGAUAUUCUUAAUUCUGUCAGUAAUCAAACCCAAAAAGGAAUCAUGCGUAUGUUCACUGCCAGGAGCCAGGAACAGUAUAGACUUCUCGAAAAAGAUAAGGAGAACGCAAGAUUGAAGGAAAAUAUAAGACACUUGCAACGUUGCAUUAGAAUGUCGCCAGAAGCUAAAAUGUCACCUUUGGCACAGCCUUACACUGUGGAUUGGGAGACUUUCAUCCCAGAUGCUACCUUACGAGCCAUGCGCCGCCAUUUCUUUCCUUGGGAUAACAUAGAGAUUAUUGCCCGAAGGGCUGCGAAAGGCAAAUUAGAUAUUGACUCUAUGAAGAUAGUCAUGGAAACAUAUGAAAAGCGAAAUGAGGCAGAGAAGCAGUGGCUCGAAAAGCACGAAGAUAAAGACGAUCUAAAAGAGCCGUGGAAGUCGAAGCUCCCCCAACGGGCUUGGAGCAUAGCGGAACAGAUAUCAAAGAGUCAACAGGACGAGCAUUUGUACCAAUUGCUCGACACUGUUGUCAGUCCAGGCGAUCUUAAUACAACUUGGUCAAAUAUCGAACUCGACUCAGAUAUCAAGGCUCGAAUUACAGACAUAAUCUCACUCGGAGAAUCUCAAAAAGAUUCUUGUGGAAUUCUUAAGACAUCUGCUGGGGGUGCACUACUGUACGGUCCGCCAGGGACUGGUAAGACACAACUCGCAAGAGUACUUGCAAAGACCUCUGGAUCAAUCAUGCUUAGUGUCUCUGGCGCCGAGAUGGAAAGCAAAUAUGUCGGUGAGACGGAAAAGCUUGUUGCAAGCUUGUUCAAGCUUGGAAAGAUGCUUUUUCCAUCUAUCAUCUUCAUCGAUGAAGCGGACUCUUUAUUCAGUUCCCGUAGUCAAGGUGGAUCAGGGUCAAUCUACCAGAGAAAACUCGUCAAUCAGCUCCUACAGGAAGCAGAUGGCCUCUCUAAAGAUUCAAACUCGCCCUUUUUACUUCUUGCAACAAACUUACCUCACCUGCUUGACCCUGCAGUGUUGAGACGAGUACCUUGUCGAAUUUACAUUGGACUCCCCACAAUCUCAGCACGAGAAAAUAUGUUCCGGAUGUUCUUAAAAGAAGAAUCCUUAGAUAGGAGUGUCGAUCUAAAAAAGCUUGCGGAAGUAACACAUCGAUAUACUGGGUCAGACAUCAUGGCUUUGUGUGUUGAAACCGCUGUUAUCUCGCAACGAGAAUAUCGCAACACAGAGGCGGGUGAGUCUUUACAUGUCAAGAGCAGCAGAAUCUUGAAUAUCUCGCACUUCCACCAGGCGUUGAAAAGCAAUACUCCUACAACAUCCCCACAACUCAUGCAAGAGAUGCGACGAUUUGCACAGAUGUAUGACAAAUCUGCUGUAUCGAGAAUGGUGUUGUACCAGUAUUGGUAGGAUUUGAGAGUUGCCAAUUUGCAGGAUCAGUAGGCGCAACAUAAUCCAUCCAAACGAGCUGUACUUCGUUAUUCUUGUGGCAUCCCUGGGCUCUAGGGUGAGACAUGGUGUUUAUCCCGUUGGAAAAUGAAGUGGGGGCGAGGUAAUGGACGAAUCGAGAAACUGGAAACUAUGGAUGACAAAUGUAUGUUCCAAGAGCUUGGCGGGGGAAGGUGUUCAGACCUGGAAGUUGAACAUCAUGACUAUGACCUGUGGAGAUUUUGCGUCUAUAUAAAGCAUAAUAGUAUGAGAGGGUACCCUUAGGUAAUUUUUAAUGGGCUUAAUCAAACGGUCUAGUUAGCGAUAAUGGGAGUGUAGGUCGAAGAAAGGGGGUGGCUACAUGAGGGACUGAGCACGUAAACUGGACCGACAAAUAGCAGAUUUGAACGUCAGUAUCUUAUGAAUUAAUGGUAUCAUAUAAUUUGGCA